AUGGCUCUCAAUAAUUGUUCCAUCUGGGGCUGUGCCAAAGCUUCUCAAUCGGGCUUUGCAACCUUUCAGCCUGGAAGUUGUGGACAGAUUGUGAAUUUUAAACAUGAUCUUGAGAAAUGCAGCAAGUGGAAAUGUUGCUCGAGUGUUUGGGGUCCAAGACCUUUGACUCCAGUUCGAGAUGAGAACCCUGUUGUGAAUGGGGUUGAAUCAUCUUUCGUAUAUGAUGACAAGGUCCAGGUUCAGAUAACCGAGUUAGAUGAUAGGUUUCAGAGGGAUGUUAACCUGCUUCCAAAGCCAUUAACAGCUAAUGAUUUUUCUUCUUCAAGUGAUGAUGGAACAAAGUUGCGCGUUGCUUAUAAGGGUCUUCCAGGAGCAUAUACUGAGGAUGCAGCUUUGAAAGCAUAUCCAAAAUGUGAGACAGUGCCAUGUGAUGAUUUUGAGACUUCAUUCGAGGCUGUUGAAUCUGGAUUAGUGGAUAAAGCUGUUCUACCCAUCGAAAGUUCUGUCGCUGGAAGCAUCCACGGUAAUUAUGAUUUACUUAUUCAACACAAGCUACACAUUAUUGGGGAGGUGCAAUUGCUAAUUAAUCACUGCCUCUUGGGAUUGACUGGUGUGACAAAAGAAGAGCUAAAAUAUGUACUCAGUCAUCCUCAGGCACUGGUUCAAUGUGAGAUGAUGCUGAGGCAUUUAGGUGUUAGCAACAUUGGUGUAGAUGAUACUGCUGCAGCUGCUAAGGCUGUGGCCUUAGACGGAAGAAGGGAAAUUGGAGCUAUUGCAAGUUCAAGGGCAGCAAAAUUAUAUGGCCUUCACAUUCUAGCUGAAGGAAUUCAGGAUGAAGAUGUCAAUAUUACUCGGUUUUUGAUGCUUGCAAGGGACCCUAUACUUCCAGGAACUAACGGUCCAUAUAAGACCAGCAUUGUUUUCAGUUUGCAAGAAGGUCCUGAUGUACUAUUGAAAGCCCUGGGAGUGUUUGCCCUGAGGAACAUUAAUUUGUCAAAGAUAGAGAGUCGCCCACUGAACCAGUGUCCAUUAAGGUUGGUUGAUGAUUCAAAUUAUGGAAGUGCCAAGUACUUUGACAACCUUUUCUACAUUGAUUUUGAAGCUUCUAUGGGAAAUCCAAGUGCACAACAUGCUUUAGAAAGUUUGAAGAUCUUGAUGGCUCUCAAGGAUUGUUGCAUCUGGGGUUGUGUCAAAGCUCCUCAAUUGGGCUUUGCAACCUUUCAGGCUGCUAGUUCUAGGCUGAGUGUGACUUUAGAACAAGGACCUCAGAAAUGCUGCAAAUGGGAAUGUUGUUGUUUGCGUGUUUCGGCUCCCAAAGCUUUGACUCCAAUUGAAGAUGAGAAGCCUGUUGUCACUGGUGUUGAGUCUUCUGGGGAUGCUGACAGGAUCAAGGUUCAGCCAAGUGUGUUGGAGGGGUUUCACAGGGAUGUUAACCUGCUUCCAAAGCAAUUAAGUGCUAAUGAUUUUUCUUCAAGAGAUGGGUCAAACAUGCGCGUUGCUUAUAAGGGCUUUCCAGGAGCAUAUUCUGAGGAUGCAGCUUUGAAAGCAUAUCCAAAAUGUAUGACAGUUCCAUGUGUUGACUUUGAGACAACAUUCAAGUCUGUUGAAUCAUGGUUAGUGGAUAAAGCUGUUCUACCAAUCGAAAGUUCUGUUGGUGGAAGCAUCCACCGUAAUUAUGACUUAUUUCUCCACCACCAGUUACACAUUGUUGGGGAGGUUCAUUUGCUAAUUAAUCACUGCCUCUUGGGUUUGAAGGGUGUGACAACAGAGGAGCUCAAAUGUGUAAUGAGUCAUCCGCAGACUCUUGUUCAAUGUGAGAUGAUGCUGAGUCAUUUAGGUGUUAGCAAUAUUGGUGUAGAUGAUACUGCUGCAGCUGCUAAG